CAACAGCCUACCCUCUUCUCUUGUAUCUUCAUCUUCGCCAUUAUGAAUAGAACCUCAGUCAUCGUUGUCGGCGCAGGAGUCAUCGGCCUCAGCAGCGCCAUCCGCCUCGCUCAGCGCGGCCACCGCGUCACCAUCAUCUCCAAAGAAUUCCCCGGAGACCUCCACAUCGACUAUGCCUCCCCAUGGGCCGGUGCACAUUUCCGACCUGUUCCCAGCACCAAACCCGAGGACCGUCUCGAGGAGACACUAAUGCGAGAAACCUACCGAGAGCUUGAACGAUUGUCGGCAAUCCAUCCCGAGGCCAGCAUACAAUUCGUCCCUGGCGUGGAAUUCUUCGACGUGGCGGACCCGGCCUACUUCGACCCGAAGCUCACCCAGGAAAACGGCUACGCCUCGUGGCCCGGCUUCCGCGUUCUCGAAUCCCGGGAGUACCCACAGGGGCAUGAGUCGAUCAAGCUUGGAGUGACGUAUACCGCUUGGGUGUUGAACUCGCCUAUGUAUUUACGAUGGCUGGAACGCCAAGCUGAGAAGCUCGGGGUCCAAUUCAUUUGUCGGGAUCUGGUAGCGCUCGAGGAGGCGGUCUUCGUGUAUCGGGAACAGGAAUACCACAAGGAUCGGGGGAUUCUUGCGGUGGUCAACGCCAGUGGGCGUGGCUUCGAUGAUCCGCAGUCGUACCCCUCUCGAGGGCAGUUUAUUGCGGUUGCUAAUCGCUGUGACAAGACUGUGAGCCAUCAUUGGUCGGAUGGAUCGACGACCGUCAUUAUCCCUAGGCCCCUUGGUGGGGGCACGAUUAUAGGUGGGACGAAGGAGCCGAAUAAUUGGUCGCAUGUCAUCUCCGAUAAUGCAACAACUUCUAUCCUUUCGAGAGCUGCAGCACUGUGCCCGGAACUACUCGGGGGCCAAGAGGAUCGCACCAGCCCAACGCUGGGAUUCGAUGUUCGCGAGGUGUAUAUUGCUCGACGUCCGAUGCGACAUAGUGGACUGCGAUUAGAGAAAGGUCAUCUUGUCUUUCAGGAUACAGCUGAAAAUGGUAUGAAGAACGAACAGAAGUCGGUCCCGGUGGUUCAUUGCUAUGGAGCUGGUCCAAGCGGGUACAAGUUGAGCUGGGGGAUCGCGGAUCGGGUAGAUGACUUGGUUAGCUUGUGCAUCGAGGAGAGUCAAGCUUGAUAUCCCGACAAUUUAUCUUUUUCGAUAUCAGCACGCCUCUUUCUCGAGUUUACAUGCACUAUUGGGGACUAGUCUGGGCUCGUUGACAUGAAUUACAGUAGGAUCAAGAAAAUAAGCAAUUUGACCCCUCAGGGUUGGUGAAAUGGUUGAUGAAACCCAUGGAGGCAAACAGAGAAUCCUGCCUGGAGAUUUGCUCGAGAUCA